GUGGAGUGAGACAAAAAAGGCAAGAGGCAGAGAAAUUUUUGGAGGGAAAGGAUGGAUCCCCAUCCGUCGAUUCUUACACGUGGCGGGAGAUGAGGGACGGAGGGCAUCAAGAAGGGGUUUUGAUGUGGUGCGGACAUCAUCAUCGGAACGAUUGUGGGCUUGGCUUUUCUUCGGCGGUUGAGGAAAAGAUGGAUCAAUAUACAAAAUCGAUUGUGGGCUUGGCUUUUCUUCGUACGGGCCUUAUAAGUACCUUAACCAAACGAGAAGUAUAUGACCAACCGAACGUUCUCAAUCUGUAUCUCUCUGUAUCAUCAACGUCUGAACCAAUAACGAGACAAUAACCAUGGAAUCGGUAGUAUCGGACAAACAUUAGAAGUUUAGAACUCUACUCCAUCCGAAUCUCUCUCUACCAUUAUCAUCCUCUUUAAAUUUCCUAGGCCCAUUUUUGUUCCCUCCAUGAAAAUUGCCAUUUAUGAUAACAUGGGGUGGUUAGCAUUCAUUAUUCUUUUCACAUUUUUUGCAAGAUGGCAAAAUCACCAAAAAUGGAAGGCUGCUGGGAGGGAGAUGUAAGAUGGAUUUCUAUGCUCUUCCUUUCUUCAUCUGGAAACGAG